AUAAAUCCCAAUAUGUGUAAAUUAUUGUUUUACGUGAAAGUUAUAGCGUUCACAAAUGGUUGUAUAGAUUUUUUUUUUUUUUUUACUAGUAAUGGCUGCGAUCAUCGACUUAUAGCAGGACUGCGGCGGGGCAUUCUGACACCGGGGGCAACUGACUUGGUGUAACUGACAUCCCCAGUGACACCAAUACAGUAAUCGGUGCUAAUAAAAAGCACUGACACUGUACUAAUGGCACUGGGCAGGAAGGGAUUAACAUCUGGCG